AUGUGCGCAGACGCAGGCAUGUCGGAGCGUACAAGCACGCCGAAGCAAACGGAAGUGCGGCGACAAGCAUCGAGCUGGAAUCAGCUCGUCGGCUCGAAGCAGGAGGACUGCAGAGGAAAGGGUCGCUUCGAGCCGUCGGAUAAGCAGAUGCACAACGUCGAUCCCGCCCUGACGUGCCGACAGAACAGGACGGGCAAGUCGCCGGAGACGCGUUGA